UUCGAGGCUUAGGCAUGGGUGCAGUUCCAACUGUAGUAUUCAAGCAAACAUCAAGAUAAGGUGGUUGUUCUUAUAUGAGCGCAGCUAGCACUAGUGCUCCACCUCCACAAUGGGUGCAAGAGAUGGCAAAUAUGAGAUCACAAUUAAAUGCGCUAACAAGCUUAUUUCAAAUGAAAAUAGGAAAUAUCCCGAGGAGUUUGCUCACUUAUUUCCGACUCCUUCACAGUGUCCGUAGCAUUUUAAAUUAUGAUGGAGAAGGCAGAUCCUUCACAGAAACUAUAUACAAGGAUGCGACUUUGGGAAUUCCCAGAUCAGCACCCAAUCUAGGAGAUGGCAUUGGAGUUGGCGUUGGAGAUGGCAUUGGAGAUGGCGUUGGAGAUGGCAUUGGAGGUGGCGUUGGAGAUGGCGUUCCGUCACCAACUGGGCCUAGAAGAUCCUUUGACGGAAGUAACUAUGAAAAUGGAGCAAACAAUAAUUAGUAAUCAUUGUUAGGAUGAACUACGUUUUUUUGUGUUGUAACUAUUGAGUAACUCUCUUAACUCUCUUCACCUUAAACUUGAAUCUUGGAUGAUGUGGAUUUUGGGUAUGUUUUAAUAUGAUGAAUAUUUUGCUUA